GAACAAGUCAAUACCAAAGAUGACAAGAAAUUUUCAUCUUUGCCUCUAAUAUGAAAGAGCAACCCCAAGAGAAAUAUCAAUCUUCUUCUUCUACAUUGUCAAAACCUAAAAACAAAACAAAAACUCAAAUGAAAUAUUUCUUGAUCUUAAUUUCUUCUACUCCAAGCAACAAUACUCUUUCUUGAGUGUUCACUAAUGGCAAAGAAGAAGCAUCGAAAGCUCUUCCCUACCUUAGCAUCAGAGACAAACAAAACGUUAGAUUGCUCUAUAGGAGUCUGCGACCCAAGUUGCCCUUACAAUUGCUAUCGAGAACCCGAUUACUACGCCAUAUCCCCUCAGCUACCACUACGGUCAUCACCACAUUUAAUCACAUCAUCAUCUCCAUCUCCAUCAAUCUCAGCCGUUUAUCAACCAUCUCAAAAGCAGCCUUCAUCUUCCUUAGACUCCAUAACCAUCAUCUCAAUCACUGGUGCGGUCUUAGCCAUCCUCUUAACCGGAUUAUUUCUUGUAGCUAAAUUCGUUUCAGACAGCGUAACCCGUGUCGAUCACAGAACAUACCAAUCCAACGACGAAGACAACGACACGGUAGCGGAUGAAGAUUCUCAAUAUAGGGAACAAGUGGAUCACCCAAUCUGGUUAAUCAGAACGACAGGUCUACAGCAAUCGAUCAUAAACUCGAUUACGAUCUGUAACUACAAGAGAGGAGAUGGUUUAAUCGAGAGAACAGAUUGUCCUGUUUGUUUAAACGAGUUUGAAGAAGACGAGAGUCUUAGGUUGUUGCCUAAAUGUAACCACGCUUUUCACAUCUCUUGUAUAGACACGUGGCUUAGCUCUCACACCAAUUGUCCUCUGUGUCGUGCUGGUAUUGCGAUGAUCAGUGCCGUCACUCCAAGGUGUUCUGGUCCGGUCGAUGUAACGCCUGAAGGAUCAGGAUCACGUUUGGAGAACGAUGGAGUUGGUGAAGAAGAUCAUGGUCAGGUUGAGAACAGAGUUGAAUUAGUAAGAGAUGGGGAUGAGUCUGAUAUUAAAGAGAGCGAUGAUUCAGACAACUCAGAUGUCAGAAUUGAGAUUUAUGGAUUUAUGGACGGUGACGGGUCUGAAACAGAGAGGAAAGAGCAAGUUAGGGUUUUGGUGGAGUGUAUGGACGCAAGUGGAGGAGACUUCUUAGAUUCUCUCUCGCAGACCAAAACCCAAAUAGAAAGUGUAGAUUUUUCGGGAAGAUCAUGCGAGAAACAGAGUCAGGACUCCGCCAGAUACAUCGGAGAAUACGAAGCAAGCUGCUCUGAAGAAAACAGUGAUGAGCACAAGGUUGCAGCAUCACGGAGAAGAAGUUGUGAAUCCGCUGAAUUGAACGGCGAAGGAACCGAAGAAGUUACAGGGUUUAGUCAGUCAGACUCAGAGAUUACAUUGAAGACAAAUGGAAGCUCCUCUGUAUCAUCAUCAUGUUUCAACAAAAACAAGAAUUCGGUUUUUCCGCUAUAGUAAAACCAUUUUUUUCGAAUUUUAUAAAGAGUAAAUAACAAAUGCAGAAGUGUUCAAGUGUAUGUGUACUCUCAAUAGUGAUAGGCCUAAUAAAUUGUGUUCACUCUUUUUUUGGUUUUUCUUUACCUUUUGGUGUGCUCAUUUAUACAGAAACAAUUGUAUACAAUAUACAUGCUGAAGUUGAGUGGAAA